AUGGGUGAACCAAAUGCAGCACCCAAGCGCACCUGGAGAGACAGGGCUGUCUUCUUCAGAUUGUUUGUCUAUGGCGAGCCUAGCAAGUCAGACAUCGCUCUACUGGUUCUGGCAGUUGUCUCAGCAAUCGCCUCGGGAGUCCCAUUCCCAAUCAUGUCAAUCGUCUUCGGUCAAUUGGUGGAUGAGAUGAACUCGACAACCUGCAACGCGAACAGCUCGAAUGGUGCAUCCUAUCAAGCGGCAAUCAACUCCAGAGUCCUGAUGAUUGUCUAUAUUGGAAUCGCCUACCUUUUCCUGGUCUACAUCUAUGUUUUCACGUGGAACAUUACGGGCGAAAGACUUGCUCAGCGUCUCCGUGAAAAGUAUUUCAAGGCUUUGCUCCGGCAGGAUGCGGCUUUCUUCGACAACCUUCCUGCUGGAGAGGCCUCCUCCAGAAUUUCGGGCGAUAUCACCACCGUGCAGCAGGGUACAUCUGAGAAGGUAGGCAUCAUGAUGAACUCUAUUGCCUUUUUUGUGACCGCCUAUAUUGUUGCCUUCAUCAAGGAUGCAAAGCUGGCUGGUAUGCUGGUCUCAUUGACUCCAGCAUAUCUGAUUAUGUCCCUGCUGGGAGGAUACUUCGUUCAAAAAUACUUUGGACGCGCACUGGAUAGUAUGACCAAGGCAUCUUCAGUGGCGUUGGAGGCAUUCUCGAAUACCAUGGUUGUUCAUGCUUUCUCGGCGAAUGUCAGACUGGAGGAGAAGUUUAUUGAACUUUUGAAUCCCGGCCGAGUUGCCGGCAUUCGGAAAUCUAUUGCAGCUGCUAGUCAGGCUGGUUUGCUUUAUUUUAUUGCAUUCUCGGCCAAUGCUUUGGCAUUCUGGCAGGGUUCGAGGCAGAUCGCCGAUUCGGUCGAGAAUGGUGGAAGUAUGACCGUUGGAGCCACAUAUACUGUCAUUUUCAUUCUGGUGGAUGCCUCCUUGAUUCUCAGUCAAGUUGCACCGUUCAUCCAAAGCUUCGACGCCGCUUCGGUCGCAUUCACCAAGCUACGUGCCGAUAUCGAUCACUCCUCCCUCAUCGACGGAACCGACGAGAAUUUUGGUGAAGUCUUGUCGGAAGUCAAGGGUGACAUUGAAUUGCGCAAUGUCUCGUUCGCGUUUCCCUCUCGCAAGGAUAAGCCAGUGCUCCAGGAUCUAUCUUUCUCUUGCCCUGCUGGCCAGCAAACUGCUAUCGUUGGCUUGUCUGGGAGUGGAAAAUCUACUGUCGCUGGAAUGGUGACUCGGUUCUAUGAUGCAAUCGAGGGAUCUGUAUUGUUGGACGGAGUUGAUGUGAAAACUUUGAAUGUUCGUGCUUUGAGAAGCAAUAUCAGCCUGGUGCAGCAGGAACCAUGCCUGCUUGACCGAUCCAUUUUUGAAAACAUUGCCUUAGGAUUGAUCAACUCCCCUACCCAUAGCCAUCUCAAACCAAUCCUGACAAGCACAACGUUAGCUGAGAUCGCACAGGCUGUAAGGGAUGGUCAAGGGAUUGUGCCCGCAUCUCUGGAACAUGGUGACCUUGCUCGCAAGAUCGUGGACUUGGUUGAAAAUGCCGCUUUGCUGGCUGAUGCCAAUGGAUUUAUCGAAAAGCUACAGGAAGGAUAUGGUACAAUGGUCGGUUCCAGUGGCAACUUGAUCAGCGGUGGGCAGAAGCAGCGUAUUUCUCUGGCGCGUGCUUUAGUCAAGGAUCCCCGAAUUCUCAUUCUCGAUGAAGCCACUGCUUCCUUGGAUUCUGCAACCGAAAUGCGCAUCCAACGAGCCAUUGAGACUGUUGCUGUCGGUCGCACUGUUAUCACUAUCGCCCACCGUUUAUCAACAAUCAAGAAUGCCGAUAAUAUUAUCGUCAUGAGGCAGGGAAAGCUCGUUGAGCAAGGUAGUCACUCUGACCUUUUGGCUCGCAAUGGUGCCUAUGCAGAGCUUGUCCGUCUACAGAAUCUCAAUGUUCACGGCGCGGGAGAAGGGUCUUCGACUCGGUCUGUUUCGCCAGUUGAUCAAAUCAACGAAAAGACUCAAGAAACAGAUAUCUCGGCUGUUGAUGAUCUUCCUGACAAUAACGAGAAGGCCGUUGUGGCCGAAGGCAAAGACUCCAAGCCUAAGGAGAAGGCCGGCGCCGUUUCAACUACUCGAUCGUUCUCUGCCACAGUCGGAUCUUUGGGCUCGAUGUUCCGUCCAUACACUUUUGUUCUGAUUCUCGCCGUAACAGGUGCUGUGGUCAUCGGAGGUACAUACUGUGGAUCGGCUGUGAUCUUUGGUAAUGUUGUCGGAAAGCUCAGUGGAUGUGAAGACCCGCAGAACAUCCGUGAUGCAGGUGAAUUCUUUGGUCUCAUGUUCUUUGUCCUGGCUAUUAUCGAAUUCUUUGCAAACUUCCUCAGUUGGUCUCUGUUCGGAUGGAUGGCAGAGAACAUCAUCUACAAAGUCCGAGUUCUCUCACUACGCUCCAUCCUUGAGCAAAAUCUUGCAUGGCACGAGUCUAAUGACCGCAACCCAUCACUUCUGCUUUCUUUGAUCACGACUGAUAGUAAUGCCCUCGGAGGUUUGACUGGCUCAGUUGUCUGCACAAUCCUCUCAAUUUGUGUCAACCUGGUCGCUGCGAUCAUCAUGACACACAUCAUUGCAUGGCGUAUCGCUUUGGUUUGUCUCGCUGUCAUUCCUUUAGUACUUGGAGCUGGAUGGAUGCGAGUCACCUCUCUCGCUUCAUUCCAAGAAAAGCAUCUGGAGGCCUUCGCCCGUUCCGUCGGUAUCACUGUCGAAGCGGUGAAUUCUAUUAAAACUGUCAUGUCUCUUUCACUUGAGCACGAAAUCAUGGGUACAUACCGUCGUUCACUAGCAGCUCCCAUGAAAGAGAUGACCCGUCAGAGUGCCUGGGUUAACCUCUGGCUCGCUAUUGGGUACGGCAUGAGCAACUUCCUUUAUGGUCUUGCAUACUGGUGGGGAGCGAAAAACAUCAUUGAGGGUCGCUAUACACAGACCCAAUUUUUCAUCGUCCAACUGGCUCUCCUCGUCAGCUCCCAGCUAUGGGGUCAAGUAUUUGCUCUUGCACCAGAUGUUGCGCGCGCCUUCCAGGCCACUCGCCGGCUACUGAAUCUACUGGAUCUGGGAUCCACAAAGAACCUAUCAAACCCUAUUGAAGGUCUCCAAAGGCUGCUUGGGAGUUCAACAGCUGAUAUUGAGGCUGCAGCCACUAUGCGCGAGAAGAUCGAUGACACCCGCAGCGGAACUAGCGUCUCAUUUAAGCACGUUCGCUUCACUUACCCUGCCAGACCCGAUACUCGUGUCCUCCAUGGACUAGACUUGAACAUCAAACCUGGUCAAUUUGCUGCAUUGGUUGGACCCAGUGGUGCCGGCAAGUCUACUAUCAUUUCCCUCGUUGAACGACUCUACACCCCCGAGUCAGGUAUCAUUGAAGUCGACGGAAAGGAUAUCGCCCACGGAGACAUCUCAUUCCGUGAUUCGAUUGCCUAUGUUCCACAACAGAGUGUGAUGUUCGAAGGAAGCAUUCGUUUCAAUCUCGCACUUGGCGCCCGGCCAGGUCACGACAUCUCACAAAGCGACAUGGAAGAAGCAUGCCGAUUGGCCAACAUCCAUGAGACAAUCAUGGAACUACCAGAAAGAUACGAUACGCCUUGCGGUCCCAACGGUGAUCGUCUCUCAGGUGGUCAGAAACAACGACUUGCGAUUGCCCGCGCAUUGAUUCGCAAGCCUAAAUUGCUCUUGCUUGAUGAAUCGACGAGUGCCCUAGAUGCAGAGUCUGAGCGUCUUUUGCAGGAUGGCUUGGAAAAAGCUACCAAGAAUAUGACGGUCAUUGCGAUCGCGCAUCGCCUGUACACGAUUCGCAAAGCUGACGUGAUUUUCUUGAUUGAAGAUGGGCGCUGUGUUGAGCAGGGUACACAUGCUCAGCUGGUUGAGCGCAGUGAGUCUUACCGGGUCAAUGCCUUGAACCAGGCUGUUGAUGGAUAG